GCUGCCUCUACUGUGUGGCCUCCUGAGUGCAAAGGGGCCACCUUGACAUGAGACAGAGAACGCUGAAGAGCCCACCAGAGUCCUAAUUUCCCUGCCAGGAGGCGAUGGCCCCAGGGGCCGGGGCAGGGCGUGGGCUUCAAGGCUAAGCCUUGGGCAGUAGGCGUGGGCCUGGGGAGGGCUAGAGAAACAGAGAGGAUGGGGGGCAGGGAGCUUCCCCAAUGUUUAGGGCCUGCUCACCACACCCCCUUGGGGGUCACUGCCCACUGAUCCCCAGAAACCCUCUGCUCUUUCCCUCCUCCCAAAAUUCCCCACCUGUCCCUGAAGUCCAGUCAAAUCAGCGUCCUGGGCCUUCAUCACUCACUCUCUCCCUCCCUCAGCCUCUGCCCCUGCCCAGCCGACCUCAUCCCUUGUCCAGAUUAUUAUAGCGGCCCUCUCCUGCCCCCACCCAGUCUCUCCUGGAAAUGUCAAAUUCAUGCUACAGCCAGAAUGUUCUUCCUGACAGCCCCCCUUGCCCCAUAAGCACCACUCCUAAAAUACAAUGAAAAGUGGGUUUAGAAUGUUUCAAUUUGAGAGCUUCCAGAAUGGGAGGCCGGGAUGAGACCCCAGCCUCAAAGAUACUCCCAGGAGGACUCAGCCCCGCAUUGGUACCUAGUAAGCUAUCAGUGAACAUUUGAGGCUGGUGGAUUCUGAGCCAGGGGAGUUGCCUGGACCUGGCCUACAUCUGGGUCACAGAAGGAAAUCUGAUAAGCCCAUUCAGCUUCCCCUCUCCUCCCUCCCUCCCUCCUCAGUAAUUUGCAUUUUCAGUUCAAGUCUGAGAUACAGACUGAGUCUUAGUUCAACAGCAGAGCUUUGGUCCACUUGGUUCAGCGGAUACUAGAAACCCUGGCACCUAGUGGGUGCAGACCGGGGAAUAAUGAGGGGUUCUCUCCAGCCCUUCCAUUUCACAGAUGGGGAAACCAAGGCCUGGAGCAGGAAGAUACUCCUCCUCCAGGAAGCUUCCCUGGCCCUCCAGCAGGACCCACAGUUUGCACAUGGUUAUGGUCACCUGUAGAGGCAGAUGGACGCCAUCCAAGGUUUGGUUUGAAUGUCAAGACUGAUGACGCCACCCGCACACCAAGAGGGUGGGUCCCUUCUCCAUGGGGAGAGGUUGACAGAUAAAGAGUUGACACGAGAGCCAACUGAGAGAUGAGAUGAGGCUGUAGAUGACAACGUCACUGAUUUGGACCCUUGGACUUAAGCCCCUUGGCAUGAUGUUGGGGUUUCUCUUUUUCCAUCUCUCCAGCUCAGACCCCUCCACUCUCCACAGCGCCCUCCACCCCCAUUCCAUCUCCUCAGCUCUGUCUGACACUCCCCCACAUUCUUUAGCUCAGCCCACCCCCACCAGUCACCCCUGCUCUGCUCCCACAUUCCCUCUGGACACUCCCCUGGAGUGGAAAAACCAUCCCUCAUCCCUUUCCUGCUCCCAGUCCUGGGAUCGGACAUGCUGGUCAUUCCUGUUUGGGAUGGCCAAAGAGAUAAGGCCUGGCAUGGGGCCGAUCUGUCAUCACAGGAGUCUCAGAGCUGUUUUAGGCAGGCCCCCUGCCCACACUGAGUGUCCACCCUGGGCCUCUGCCCUCCUGGCCCUAGCUAUGUCCUUUUCUCCAGGAACACGGUGGAAGACUCAGGAGCCAGCCCGGAGGGCAAAGGUCUGUCCAACUUCCAUCCAGCGCUGCGGAGGCGAGCCCAGCAUUCCAGCCAGCCGCGGACGGCGGUUCGCAGAUGCGCCGACGCCAGCUCUCUCCAGCCAGGCCGGCCGAGGUGGCCGCGCCCGGAACGGCCUUUCCUGCAGCAGCAGCAGCCGCAGCAAGGAGCUGGACAAAUCCCACCCACGGCCCCGCUCGUCCAAUCCGUCUUGCUCCGGAGGCGACGCUUCCCCUGAGAAGCGAGGGGCGGAGAGGGGAAAUACAAGUCUUUGGGGACACCCGACAGGUGUUUGGGGGAAAGGGCGGAGCCGGGGUAGGGAGGAUGAGGAGGGAGGGGCGGUGCUGCCCCUUUAAGAGGCGGCGGCCGAGCCGGGACCUUUUCUCUUUCCCCGGAAGGAAAGCGGAGCCCGGGCUGGGCGCGCAAGGUGGGGAGGUGCGGGACUGGGCGUGGGGAGGCGGGGCGCGCGCCGCGGGGACCCCUCCCUCCCGUCCUCCUUGCGGUCUGCCGUUCUGCUUGCCAGAACCGCCGCCGAGUCGGGAUCGAAGGCGACAGCGCGGCCAAGGGGGCGCGGCCCGGACAGGCUGGAGGGCCGGGUGCCUGGGGCAGGGGCGGCGGUGACCCGGUUGCUGGGGAGGCGGGAGAA